GACAAGCCGAGCCUGCAGUGUGUUUGAUGUUCCUUGAAAGCACGCGUUUGCAGAUGCUGAACACGUUCUGAUUUUGUUUAUAAUUGUACAAAUACUUUCCUCUGGAUCUUGUAAAUUUUUGUGUUAAAUAUUGCAAAAAAGGAGCGCACUAUGUCGAAAAAUGGGACUUUGUUGACAGAAGUCACGAAACAACUGUCUUCUGCACACAUCAAAGAUGCCCGGGAAUUGAGUUUUGCGGGCCAACAUCAGAAGUUGAACACCGAGAAAGAAGCGUAUGCUUUUGUCGCUGCAAUUAAGGAAGCUGGUGCAGAUCUCGAGUGCCUUUGUCUUGAAGGCAAUACACUGGGUCAAGAUGCGGCGAAGGCUAUUGGUAAGGCACUCGAAGGAUGCCCCCGUCUCAAGCGUGCCCUCUGGAAGGACCUCUUUACCGGACGCUCAAAAGCCGAGAUUCCCGACGCCUUGCGGUUCCUCACCGGUGGCAUCUUGUUGUCACAAGCGCAGUUAGUAGAGUUGGACUUGAGUGACAACGCGUUCGGACCAAUCGGAGCCGAGGCGCUGCUCGUUUUCCUCGGAUCUAAAGCCUCCUGGUCUCUGGAGAUCCUGAAACUGAACAACAACGGUCUGGGCCCCGCUGGGUCCCAAAUGUUGUUUGGUGCCCUCGGGAAAUCUGUGAAAGAAAGCAGGAAGGAUCCAUCCCAGUCCGGCAUGCCACUCAAGGUCCUCGUAUGUGGUCGAAAUCGUCUGGAGAACGUCGGUGCUACUGCUCUUGGGGAUCUGCUUAAGGAACUUGGUACGUUGGAGGAAAUACGGCUCCCUCAGAAUGGCAUAUUCAAAGAAGGAAUAGAAGCACUAGCGAAAGGACUGGAGCACAACAAGAGACUGCGUCUGCUCGACCUCAACGAUAACAUCCUCACGCCUGCCGGAGCUAAGAGUGUUGCCCGGGCGCUGCGUAAUUUCGAAGAGCUCGAGGAACUUAAUCUCGGCGACUGUCUGCUCAAAACGAAGGGAGCGCAAGCCAUAGCGAAAGUGCUGAAAGAGGGACAUACGAAACUCAAAAACGUAUAUCUCGGCCACAACGAGGUCUCCCGAUCGGGCGGCCUAGCGAUAGUCGAGGCUCUAUCCAACAAAGAAUCUCUCGACGUGCUCGAGCUGGACGGAAACCGCUUUGGCUCCCAGGGCAUUGCGGAACUGGAGGCUGCCAUGGAAGCCGCGGGAAAGAUUGACAAGCUGUGCGCCUUCAGUGAUGAUGAGGGAACCUCUGAAGAUGAGGCAGAUGAAGAUGAAGAGGAGGAGGAACACGAAGAAGCGGGUGACGUGUCUGAAGGCUCCUCUGCGCCGGUAGAGGCCAGCGAAUUUCUGGCUGCGCCGACAGCGUCUAAGCUGAAGCAAAUGGGUGCUAACAGAGCACAGAAACUCGUUGAACAUGUACAGAAGGAGAACUCUGGUGCCGAGGAAGCGUAUUUGGAAGCCUUCUUCAAACUGUCCUCGGUGCUGGGUUCCGAAGAAGCUGAGGGCGUUCGUGAGAUGGCCCAUUCUUGUGCAGACGCCCUCCUUGGAGCGGCCUUCGAGAAAGCCGCAGACGGUGGUCACCUGGCAACUCUCGUGAAUACGCUGUUGGUGCGUCUGGGUCUCAUGAAGGACGAAUGUCACAAGAGCAAAAAGGAAUCUACACCAUCACCUACGGGUGCCCUGCUGCUGCUGUCGGACGUGGUGAAGCAGAAAUAUUUCGCACCCCUCGCGCGGGAUGCACUAGUAUUACUCUUAUCUAAACCAAAUCCUCGACUGGAAGCGCCGAGGGAGCGACGAGCAUGCAGCAACCUCCUAAGGGUGUUGUACCAGGCGUGAUCCCUGCCUCCAGUCGAGCCCUCCGUGAGUCUGAACAUCCACCAUUGAGAAGUCGAGUUAAAGAAAUUCAUACAAUGCUAUUGGAACAGCAUCAUUCAGUAAUUGUGCAUAUUAUUGUAGGACUACGGCUGAUGCAGUCUCGUGACAUGUUAAUAACAAUAAAUUCAGUCUAUGUCAGA